UUGUCACUCUAGGGGUUGGCCUUGGGAUCUCCCAGGCAGCUCAAACUUCCUGGGGAGUCUUGGCAUUGGCAUUUCUGGGUUUGCACUUCAAUAUCAGGCUGUUGGAUCGGCCCGUGUUCUAGGGAUUGGUUGCUACUGAUCCCGUUCACGUCACAGGGGUCCUAAACAGCUAACCGAUAAGCGACCUAUAGAGUCAGGCAUUUUGCCAGAUCAGGUUGCUAGAUCCGAAUAUGUCGGCUCUGAACGCGUCGCCCGCCGUGGCUCAAGCGCCGAAUGCGCUUGACGCGUCGUCCCGAAUCAAGGCGAAAGCAUCUAAGUCCCACUCAUGCGUCCUCCACAGCGGCUGCUUCGGCGACCGCGUCGUUAAGGAUGCCUCCCUGAGAGCGAUCAGCGGAAAAGCCGCUCUUUCCGGCCUCGCGAAGACGCACAAGGCUGGCCGGAGUGGAGUCACUCGCGCCUCGCUAGAUCCUCCCAAGGCUGUUAGCGCAGAUGCUCCGCCGGCCUUCACGGCGUGGGGCGAUGACGCGCUGAACCCCGUCGGAAAGCGCACAGAUCUUAAGAAGAUCAUGAUCCUCGGCGCGGGUCCCAUUGUGAUUGGCCAGGCGUGCGAGUUCGACUACUCCGGCACUCAGGCGUGCAAGGCGCUGAAGGAGGAGGGGUACGAAGUGGUGCUGAUCAACUCCAACCCCGCCACCAUCAUGACCGACCCCGGCACCGCCGAUCGCACCUACGUCGCCCCCAUGACGCCCGACCUCGUCGAACAGGUGAUCGCGAACGAGCGCCCCGACGCGCUGCUUCCCACCAUGGGCGGGCAGACGGCGCUGAACCUGGCGAAGGAGCUGGCGGAGCGGGGGACGCUGGAGAAGUACGGCGUGGAGCUGAUCGGCGCGAAGCUGGACGCCAUCAACAAGGCAGAGGACCGCGACCUCUUCAAGCGCGCCAUGGACAAGCUGGGUAUCAAGAGCCCCAAGUCCGGCACCGCCACCACGCUGCAGGAGUGCUUCGAUAUCGCGCGGUACAUUGGCGACUACCCGCUGAUCAUCCGGCCGGCAUUCACGCUGGGCGGGUCGGGAGGCGGCAUCGCGUACAACGAGGAGGAGUUCGAGUCCAUCUGCAAGGCGGGGCUCAGCGCCAGCGCCACGUCUCAGGUGCUGAUCGACAAGUCUCUUCUUGGAUGGAAGGAGUACGAGCUGGAGGUGAUGCGCGACCUGGCGGACAACGUGGUGAUCAUCUGCUCCAUCGAGAACAUCGACCCCAUGGGCGUGCACACCGGCGACUCCAUCACCGUCGCCCCUGCCCAGACGCUCACAGACAAGGAGUACCAGCGCCUGCGUGACUACUCGGUGGCCAUCAUCCGCGAGAUCGGUGUGGAGUGCGGGGGGUCGAACGUGCAGUUCGCCAUCAACCCCAAGGACGGCGAGGUGGUGGUCAUCGAGAUGAACCCGCGCGUCUCCCGCUCCUCCGCGCUCGCCUCCAAGGCCACCGGCUUCCCCAUCGCCAAGAUGGCUGCCAAGCUCUCUGUGGGGUACACGCUGGACCGCAUCCCCAAUGACAUCACCAAGAAGACCCCUGCCAGUUUCGAGCCCUCAAUUGACUACGUGGUCACCAAGAUCCCGCGCUUCGCCUUUGAGAAGUUCCCCGGCUCCGAGCCCACCCUCACCACCCAAAUGAAGUCCGUCGGCGAGGCCAUGGCCAUCGGACGCACCUUCCAGGAAAGCUUCCAGAAGGCGCUGCGCUCCCUCGAAACCGGCCAUUCAGGGUGGGGGUGCGAGCGCGUGAAGCAGCUCGAGUGGACCAUGGACGAGCUGAAGUAUUCGAUGCGCGUGCCGAACCCUGACCGCAUGUACGCCAUCUACGCGGCGAUGAAGCGCGGCAUGAGCCAGCGCCAGGUGCAGCAGCUCACCAACAUGGACCCCUGGUACCUCUCCCAGAUGGGGGAGUUGCUCGAGGUGGAGGAUUUUAUGGGCAAGCUGGACGGGCAGCUCAGGGCGCUCACCCGCGACGACAUGCUGCAGAUCAAGCGCAGGGGGUACUCUGACCGCCAGAUUGCGUACGCGCUGAAGUCGACGGAGGAGGAGGUGAGGAAGUAUAGGCUGGAGCUGGGGGUUGAGCCGGCUUUCAAGCGCGUGGACACGUGCGCGGCGGAGUUUGAGGCCAUGACGCCGUACCAGUACUCGUCGUACGACGAUGAGAACGAGGGGCAGCCGGACGCAGAGCGCAAGGUGCUCAUCCUCGGGGGCGGACCCAACCGCAUCGGGCAGGGGAUUGAGUUCGACUACUGCUGCUGCCACGCGUCAUUUGCGCUGCAAGCUGCGGGCUUCGAGACUAUCAUGAUGAACAGCAACCCGGAGACCGUCUCCACGGACUAUGACACGUCCAACCGCCUCUACUUCGAGCCCCUGACAGUGGAGGAUGUGAUCAACGUCAUCAACCUGGAGCGGCCCGACGGGAUCAUUGUGCAGUUCGGCGGGCAGACUCCCUUGAAGCUAGCCGUGCCCAUCCAGCGGUAUCUGGAGGAGACGCAGCUGCAGGCGGCGAGCGGCUUGGGGCCGGUGCGCAUCUGGGGCACGUCGCCGGACUCCAUUGAUGCAGCGGAGGACCGGAAGCGGUUUGAGGCGAUGCUCAAUGAGCUGGGGAUCAACCAGCCGCCCGGGGGGAUUGCGAGGAGCGAGGAGGAUGCGCUGGCCGUGGCCAAGCGCGUGGGGUACCCCGUGGUGGUGCGCCCGUCGUACGUGCUGGGCGGGAGGGCCAUGGAGAUUGUGUACAACGAUGCAGCGCUGCAGAAGUACCUGGUCACAGCUGUGGAGGUGGACCCUGAACGCCCGGUGCUGGUCGACAAGUACCUCUCGAACGCCACUGAGCUGGACGUGGAUUGUCUGGCGGACAGCACGGGCGCGGUAGCCAUCGGGGGCAUCAUGGAGCACAUCGAGCAGGCGGGGGUGCACUCGGGGGACUCGGCUUGCUCCAUCCCCACGCAGAGCAUCUCCGAUGACGCCCUCGCCACCAUCCGCGACUGGACCACCCGCCUCGCCAGGAAGCUGAACGUGGUGGGGCUGAUGAACUGCCAGUACGCCGUGAUGCCAACGGGCGAGGUGUACAUCAUCGAGGCCAACCCGCGCGCCUCCCGCACGGUGCCCUUCGUGGCCAAGGCCAUCGGCCACCCCCUCGCCAAUUACGCGUCCCUCGUCAUGGCGGGGCAAACGCUCAAGGAGCUGGGCUUCGAGAGGGAGGUCAUCCCCAACCAUGUGUCGGUCAAGGAGGCCGUGCUGCCCUUUGACAAGUUCCCCGGGUGCGAUGUGCUGCUGGGGCCGGAGAUGCGCUCCACCGGGGAGGUCAUGGGGCUGGAUGUGAGCUUUGAAAAGGCGUUCCUCAAGGCGCAGAUCGCGGCGAACCAGCAGUUGCCGAGUGGCGGGUCGGUGUUUGUGAGCCUGAACGACCAGACGAAGGAGAGCGGCGUGGAGGUGGCCAAGAGCUUUGUGGAGCUGGGCUUUAAGAUCCUGGCCACGGAGGGCACGGCCAAUGUGCUGGAGGAUGGGGGCAUUGAGGUGGAGAGGGUGCUCAAGCUGCAUGAAGGAAGGCCACAUGCGGGCGAUCUGGUGUCCAACGGUCAGAUCCAGCUGCUCGUGAUCACAUCAGCCGGGGACGCCUUGGAUCAGAAGGACGGGCGGCUGCUGCGCCGCACGGCGCUGGGAAAGAAGGUGCCCAUCAUCACCACCAUCGCCUCGGCCCGAGCCACAGUGAAGGCCAUCCGGGGGCUGUUAGCGUCGCCCAUCGAGAUGAAGGCGCUGCAGGACUACUAUGUCGCGGGGAGCAAGGAGGCCAUUGCUGCCGCCGCUGCUGACGCUGCUGCUGCUGAUGCUGCGGCAGCGGCGGCAGUGAGCCAUUGAGCAGGUGUGCUGGGCUGGGACUAGCAGGCUUGUUGUUGCUGGGCAGGUGGCGGCUGACUUGCCUGGGCUUGGUGUGAGAAGUUGCUUGUGGUUUGUGUCACGGGCCGCCCAGAAUAUGGCUGGGGGAGGGCUUGCAAGGGGGAUGUGGGCUCAUGGGGGAAGGGGGGUGGUGAUAUGGUUUGACGAAGGUCACAAAGAGCUGCUGGGCAUAGCUUGCCAUACAAGAAUUCACACCUGAAUGCUGUUGCACUUCAAUGCUACAUCAACCAGCGUGUGCUGCUGGCUCUAUUCAAUGUAAUGUAUGCCAGUGACGUGAUUGCUAGCCCAAAAAUUCACCUGCG